AAACCUAACAUUUAACCAAGACUCACCACAGAGUUGUUAAAGGUCUGUGUUUUAUAUUGCAAGGUUUGAUUAAAAAUAUGUAUCCUUUUAAACACAGAAUAUAAAUAUGAGUAAGAAAUAGAAAUGGAAGUACAAGUAGUGCAUCACAGAUGACUUCAAUACACUUCAAACACUGUCAUUAAUAAAUUAUUUCAACACACAUGUGAUAAAAAUCAAGGCUACUAAAAUGUUCACCGCAAUCGAGUCACCAGCACAUCACCAGUUUCUCUUCCUGCUUCAUGUAAUAAAAGCAACUCACCACCCUGAUAAACCAUAACAGCUUCUGACAAGGCAUCCAGACAGAGAGGUCCCAGUGCUUGGUCUGCAAAGGAAAAGGAACACGAUUAGGUUCUAUUGCAUGCUGAUCAUAAAACACAGGAUAUUGGACUGAUACCAGCACACCCCCCUCCUCAAACAGGCUUAGAACACGGAUGGACGGAUGUAAAGUGAAAUCCCCAUGGACUUAACAACGUGGACGGCUAACACUUCCCCAUUGGACAUGCAGGAGUCAAACGCCAAUAUGCAGGCCAACUCAUCCAUGAACUCCAGUCUUCAGUGCACUGAAAUGGCCCAAUUUCAGCACUACCUUCUGCCCAUUGUCUACAGUGUUGUCUUUGUCUUCGGUUUACUUGAAAACAUGACUGCACUCUACGUUUUAAAUAAGCAGUGGAAGAGAUUCCCUCAUUUCACUGCCUUUACGCUGAGUAUCAUAGUUAUUGACAUUCUUUUUGCCUUCUCUCUACCGUUCAUGAUUUCGUAUUAUCACAGAGGGAAUGACUGGAUUUUUGGGAAUUUUCUGUGCAAGGUGGUAGGUUGUCUUUUUUUCUGCAAUAUGUACAGCUGCACAAUAUUCUUGUUUUGUAUUUGCAUUGACCGAUACAUUGCAGUUAUGCAUCCUAUCAAGUACCUGCAACUUCAAAAUUCUUUUUACCGUGCAGUCACUUCUUUUACCAUAUGGAUGGUUAUUAUUCUGGCUGCAGUCACGUUUAUUUUAUUGGGUUCCAAAACCCGUAUGUUUUCAAAUGGGAAACAUGCUUGUAUGGAAAAUUUUUCACAUGAUUUCUGGACUAAGCGGCUUGCCACAUUUAGUACUAUUUCAACAGUUCUGGGGUUCGUCACACCAUUCCUCACCAUUCUUGUCUGCUACUCCAUCAUUGUCAGGCGCAUCAUUGACAUGACCCAGAAAAAGAAAGGCAGUCAGUACUUGAAGAAAAAAUCCCUUUGUACCAUAGCAGGGGUUGUGAUGGUGUUGACAAUCUGUUUCCUUCCCUUCCACGUUGUUCAGAUGGUGCACAUUUUAAUACGCACCAAUGUACUGCCUUACCCAGGAUGGUUACAUUUUACAUGUGUUGCUAAACCUAUUGUAACUGUGAUGGCGAGCCUCAACUGCUGCCUGGAUCCUUUUGUGUAUUAUUUUAGCAUUGACAAUUUUGACUUCCUUCCAGCAUGUUUUGCCAGAAGACCCGAAAGAAUUAUUCAGAAAGAAUCGUGUAGUUGAAGCAUGUUUACAAAUGAAGGGAAUUGCUGUAAAGGUGCUGCACACUUGCCAACUUUGCCAUUUUAAAUGUCUCUGCAUCUGCAAAUAUCUGAAAAUAAAAAAGCGAGGGAAAGUUGUGAAAAAAUUGAUUAUUUUCUUCAUCUUUAACUCUUUAAUGAUAUAUGUCAUGUAUAGUAUUUGCCAUGUGUAUGAUUAGCUUCAAAAGUAAUGUUUAUUUUGAACAGAGUCUUUUAACCAUUUCAUAAAACUGCCAUAUCAUACAUUUUUUCUUAAUAUCCAGAUCUCAGAUACCUUACAGUUCAAACCUGUGAAAGCCAUCAAAAGGAACUUUGAAACAUUUGAAAUGCUGGUAAUUUCAUUAAAAGUUUCCACUUGUGUUUAAAUCCAGAAUUUCUGCUGUACAUAAAAAAACACCAGGAAUGUACUCCAUAUUUUAUUGAAGUAUUUAGGACC